AUGGCUCUUACCGGUAGGAUUCCUCGUGAUUUUGGAAACCUCACAUUUCUUGUUUCUCUUGAUUUGGGAAGUAACAAUUUCCAUGGAAAUUUGCCUCAAGAAAUGGUACUCUUACGUCGGCUUAAGUUUCUUGAGUUAAGUUUCAACAAAUUCAGAGGGGAAAUUCCUUCUUGGUUUGGGUUUUUAAAACAGCUUCAAGUUUUAAAUCUUAAGAAUAACAGUUUCACUGGUUUCAUUCCCCCGUCACUCUCGAAUGCCUCAAGGUUGGAGACUUUACAAAUAUCUGCCAAUUUACUUGAAGGAAACAUCCCGGAAGAGAUUGGCAAUCUUCACAACCUGAAAUUGUUGUACAUACAACAUAAUAAGCUUACGGGUUCUAUACCAUUCACAAUUUUCAAUAUUUCUAGAAUCGAAGUCAUUGCAUUUACAGACAAUAGCUUAUCAGGAAAUCUUCCCAAUGGUUUAUGCAAUGGUCUCCCGAUACUCAAAGAGCUUGAUCUAUCAAUGAACGAGCUUCAUGGUCAUAUGCCUACAAGCUUGUCAAAUUGUUCACAACUUCAAAUGUUGUAUCUAUUCAGAAAUGAGUUUGAUGGACCAAUACAUAGUGAAAUUGGAAGAUUGAGUAACUUGCAGUUCUUGUAUCUUGAUUUCAACCAUUUCACAGGGAUAAUUCCACAAGAUAUCAGAAAUCUUGUUAAUUUGGUGGAGUUAAAUGUGGGAGGAAACCAGAUUACCGGCUCUAUCCCGAUCUCCAUAUUCAAUAACUCAUUGUUGCAAAAUUUUUCACUAGGGCCGAACAAUCUCAAGGGAUCCUUACCACGGGAGAUUGGCAACUUAACCAAGAUGCAAAAUUUAUAUCUUCAGCACAAUAGGUUUACUGGUGAAAUACCCAAAGAGAUAAGAAAUCUCGUUGAGUUGGAGGUACUUGGUCUUGGGUUUAAUAGUUUUAGUGGUUCACUUCCAAUGGAGAUCUUCAACAUAUCACGACUGAGAAUAAUUGGUCUUUCAGCCAAUAAUCUAUCAGGAACUCUACCACAGAACAUAGGUUCUACCUUACCCAACAUUAAAUGGCUUUUCUUGAGUGGCUUAACCAAUCUUGUUGGGACUAUUCCUCAUUCUAUCUCCAAUUGUUCAAAGCUUACUAAACUAGAGCUUUCACAAAACAAACUCACAGGAUUGAUUCCCAAUUCUCUUGGAUAUUUGACUCAACUAAACAUCUUAAACUUGCGGAGAAACAAUUUAACCAGUGAUUCAUUUUUAAGCUUCCUCACUUCCUUAACCAAUUGCACAAGAUUAACAGCUCUUUCUCUAGGUUUCAACCCUCUAAAUUCCAUGCUUCCGGUCUCCGUAGGGAACUUCUCCAUAUCUCUUAUAAAGUUUUAUGCCAAUGCUUGCAACAUCAAAGGCAAGAUUCCAAAUGAAGUUGGAAACUUAAGCAACUUAUUAGACCUUGAUCUUUCUGAUAAUAACUUGAUUGGAUCAAUUCCUACAUCAAUUCACAACUUGAGAAGCCUUCAGCGCCUGUACUUGAACAACAACAAGCUUACGGGAUUUAUUGGAGAUAAUUUAUGUAAAUUGCAACAUUUGGGAGAUAUUUACUUGGGACAAAAUCAACUUUCAGGAUCUAUUCCUAAUUGUUUAGGGAAUGUUACUUCUCUUAGAGAGAUAUAUAUGGAUUCCAAUAAAUUGAGUUCCAAUAUACCAACAAGCUUAGGAAAUCUUAAAGAUCUAAUAGAGCUCGACUUAUCGUCAAACAACAUGGUUGGUUCUUUACCUCCGGAAAUUGGAAAUCUAAAGGCUGCGACAUACAUGGAUCUGUCAAUGAAUCAAUUCACAAAUGGAAUUCCUAGAGAAAUUGGAGGAUUGCAAAAUCUGGUAUAUCUUUAUUUGGAACACAACAAGUUGCAAGGAUCUAUACCUGACUCAAUCAGCAACAUGGUAAGUUUGGGAUACCUAGACAUUUCACAUAAUAAUAUAUCGGGAACCAUUCCCAUGUCUUUGGAGAAACUACAAUACCUCAAGUAUUUCAAUGUUUCUGUCAACAAAUUGUACGGUGAAAUACCCUCGGAGGGUCCUUUCAAGAACCUCUCGAGUCAGUUUUUCAUCGACAAUGAAGCAUUGUGUGGUUCUUCAAGGUUUAGUGUCCCACCAUGCGCCACAUCAUCAAAGCAUAGAUCAAAUAGGAAAAAAAUGCUUGUUCUAUUUCUUAUGCUGGGAAUAACACUUGUAUUUGCUCCUAUUACCUUUGUGUUCCUAAGGAUAAGGUAUAGAAGAGGUAAAAGAUCUCCUCAACAAGCUGAUUCAUUGUCUAUUGCAACAACAGAAAGAAUUUCAUACUAUGAACUGCUCCAAGCAACUGAUUCACUUAGCGACAGUAAUCUGAUUGGUUCUGGAAGUUUUGGCUCUGUUUACAAAGGCGUUCUCAGGAGUGGGACUGCCAUUGCAGUUAAAGUGUUCAAUCUGCAACUGAAAGCGGCAUUCAAGAGUUUUGAUACAGAAUGUGAAGUUUUGCGCAGCCUUCGCCAUAGGAAUCUCGUGAAAGUCAUCACUAGUUGCUCCAACCUUGAUUUUAAGGCUUUAGUGCUCGAGUAUAUGCCUAAUGGAAGUCUUGACAAGUACUUGUAUUCCCACAACUACUUCCUAGACAUCAGGCAGAGACUAAGCAUUAUGAUAGAUGUAGCAUGCGCGUUGGAAUAUCUCCAUCAUGGGUGCUCGUUACCUGUGAUUCACUGUGAUCUGAAGCCUGGUAACGUCUUGCUGGAUGAGGAUAUGGUUGCCCACCUAAGCGACUUUGGGAUUUCAAAAUUGCUUGGUGAAGAUGAGAGUGAUUUAUACACUAAAACCUUAGCAACAUUGGGUUAUAUUGCACCAGAGUAUGGACUGGAUGGAUUGGUGUCUAUAAAAUGUGAUGUCUAUAGUUACGGGAUCAUGUUGCUGGAGACAUUUACUAGGAGAAAGCCUAAUGAGUUUGAGGGAGAUCUUAGCUUGAAGCAAUGGGUGAGUUAUUCACUCCCAGAGGCAGUAAUGGACGUUGUGGAUGCCAACUUGGUUACACCAACUGAUAAUCGCUUACAGAAGGAGUUAGAUAUCGUGGCAUCAAUCAUGAAAGUGGCAGUAGAUUGUUGUGCUGAAUCUCCGGCAAGAAGGACAAACAUGAAAGAUGUUGUAGGGAUGCUUCAGAAGAUCAAGAUUCAACUUCUUGCAUGUUGA